CGCCCCCGUCUCAGCGGAGCCGUCGGGGCCCCGGGAACGGCCCGCGGAGCGCGGCGGGGAGCGGGCCCCCUCCCCCUUGGCCUGCCGUCCCCGCGCGGAGGAUGAGGAGCCCCCACCGCCGAUCAGUAGAAAUAUGCAUUUCCAUAAUACCACCUUUGAACUAAUGAAGUGGAAGUACAGAUGAAAACAGUCUGGAGGAAGCUUGAAGUGCAAUACAGUUUCAUUCGGUUUCCUAAUUUGGAGGUACGUCUUUGAGCCCAUUUAUGAGUUUGGACACCUAAAAAAACCAGUGAAGGAAACAAAGGUGGAAAAGCCACAGAAGCAUCCUUGCAGUCAAGCACUGAAUCCUGCAUUAGGCUUCACUGAACAGACCAAGCUUAGCAUUUGUCAAGCAGAAGGGCUGGUUGCCCUGCACAGGAAGGAUUAAAAGUGAACAAUGACUCGAUUGAGAGUUCAUGAGCAAUUGCUUGGAGCCUAUCUGCUUAUCAUUCUCCAUGUUCAAGGUCAAAAGCCAGACAGCAUGCUUCAUGGUACAGGAAUGAAGACAAAUUCUGACCAAAAGAAACAAGCAAAUGGAGUAACACUUGCUCCAGAGGACACCCUACCUUUUCUUAAAUGCUACUGCUCAGGACAUUGUCCAGAUGAUGCUAUUAACAACACAUGCAUAACUAAUGGGCAUUGCUUUGCAAUCAUUGAGGAGGAUGAACAUGGAGAACCCACGCUUGCUUCUGGCUGCAUGAAGUAUGAAGGUUCAGACUUCCAGUGCAAGGACUCCCCUAAAGCGCAGUUACGCCGAACGAUUGAGUGCUGUCGCACUGAUUUCUGCAAUCAGGAUUUGCAACCAACAUUGCCACCUCUUGAUAGUACAGAUGGACUUUUUGAUGGCAGCAUUCGUUGGAUGGCAGUGUUGAUUUCUAUGGCAGUCUGCAUAAUUGUCAUGGUCAUCUUACUUAGCUGCUUUUGUUACAAGCACUACUGUAAGUCGAUGGCAAAGAGGCACUGUUAUAAUCGUGACCUGGAACAAGAUGAAGCAUUUAUUCCAGCUGGGGAGUCAUUAAAAGACCUUAUUGACCAGUCACAGAGUUCUGGGAGUGGAUCAGGACUACCACUGUUGGUUCAGCGUACUAUUGCCAAACAAAUUCAGAUGGUGAGGCAAGUUGGAAAAGGGCGAUAUGGUGAAGUGUGGAUGGGCAAAUGGAGGGGUGAAAAAGUGGCAGUCAAAGUGUUUUUCACCACAGAAGAAGCCAGCUGGUUCAGAGAAACAGAGAUUUACCAAACUGUUCUCAUGCGACAUGAAAACAUCCUCGGUUUCAUAGCAGCAGAUAUUAAAGGCACUGGCUCCUGGACACAGCUUUACUUGAUUACGGAUUACCAUGAAAACGGAUCAUUGUAUGAUUUUCUGAAGUGCACUACUCUGGACAACAGGGCUCUGCUCAAACUGGCCUAUUCUGCUGCAUGUGGCCUGUGCCACCUGCACACAGAAAUCUAUGGGACACAAGGCAAGCCUGCAAUUGCACACAGGGACCUGAAGAGUAAAAACAUCUUGAUAAAGAAAAACGGAACCUGCUGCAUUGCGGACUUGGGUCUUGCAGUCAAGUUCAACAGUGACACAAACGAAGUUGACGUUCCCUUGAACACCAGAGUGGGAACGAAACGUUACAUGGCUCCAGAAGUCCUGGAUGAAAGCCUGAAUAAAAACCAUUUCCAGCCAUACAUCAUGGCUGACAUCUACAGUUUUGGGCUGAUCAUCUGGGAAAUGGCUCGGCGCUGUGUCACAGGAGGUAUUGUUGAAGAGUACCAGUUGCCAUAUUAUGACAUGGUGCCAAAUGAUCCAUCCUAUGAGGACAUGAGAGAAGUGGUGUGUGUCAAACGCCUGCGCCCUGUGGUGUCGAACAGAUGGAACAGCGAUGAAUGUUUAAGAGCAAUAUUGAAGUUGAUGUCUGAGUGCUGGGCUCAUAAUCCUGCCUCGAGGCUCACUGCCUUGAGGAUCAAGAAGACACUUGCCAAGAUGGUGGAAUCACAAGAUGUAAAGAUUUGACAUAGGAAAUUGACUUUGGAGAGCAAAGCUGGACUCCCUAGAUCUUUUCACUCAAACAUGAGUGAGGAAGAUAAAAAUAAAGAAGAGGAAAUAACUGAGAUUCAGUAUAUUUUCUCAGCACACUUCUACAGGCUGCUAAUGAAAUCUUUCAGUACUUCAUAGACCGUGAUACUGAGAGCCUCUAUACACUACGUGCUACACAUAUGGACAGCCUUGAGAAAAUACACGUUUUGUUUUGGUUUGAGCUGCAUUGAGACUUCAAUCAUACUUAGUGAGUCUCCUGUAAAACUCUGGGUACUGAAUUGAAUGUUCAGAUUACAGUGCUUUCUGUGAAAGCCUAACAAGCUAUAUGGAUUCAACAGAGAUGGAGAAUAUAAGCUUUUUUUUUUUUUUUUUGCCUUCUACCUGAUAAAACCUAGUCAAUCCAUACCAAGUUUUGGUGAAACAGCCUGUAGGUUAUUAAUCUGUUUGUGAUACUACUCAGUUUAACAGUUCUUUAUGCCUUUAUGUGUGUGCCAGGAUUAUUUUGCUGUCAUUUGGAAUAUAUAAGAAACCAUUUAAAUGAACAAAGUUUUAUGGUCAGGGCUCCAUCCAUUUUAUGGCUCCACAAUCAGAGAUUUGCUACUGAAUCUUUUGCCAUUAAGUUAUCUUCAGAAAUCUCGGUUUUAAUUUUUUUCUGUUUUUUAUUUGGUCAAAAGGAGAACUGUGAAAAUGUGAACCAUUAAUUAAUUAAGAAAUGCCUACCUAAAUCUGUAAGGAGCUUGAAACAAUUCUUUCUAGAGAUGUAGGCUGCUUUGGUCAUCUCACUUGCAGUCUAGAGAGAGCUUCAUAAUUGGAUCCCUGAUAUUUGUCAUAUUUUUUCACAGUGCCACAUGCAACCAGCAUUUUUGCCAUAGAAUACUUUCUUUACAUCUUAGCAGAAAAGACUGAUGGUGAUGUGUUUUGCCUUCCUGCUGUAUUGGGACUCUCUGAUAGGUGUCUGUCAGGCUAUGAAUUUCUUCCCACAAAGGAAGGAAUUUGUCAGGUGUAGGCAUGUACUCUUUCAUCAUUUGACAAAACUAGGCAGAAGAUCCAUUUCAAAAGGCUUGAGAACAAGUCUGGUCUACAGACACAAAAAAGGCAGGAAGCUCUCAGUGCUUUGAAGAUCAGAGAAUGCAGUAAAGGGUCAAGACCAGGAGAAGUGAGUACAUGAACUGUUGAAGAUCAGAUCCACAGUGUGCAGAAGAUUUGGAGCUGGGUUGCUCUGAUGUAGACGCAGGAGGCCACAUCUGUGGGUAACUUAAUGGAAGUGAAGAUUUGAGACAAGUUACAUCAGUGGGUAUUGUAAGUUCUAGUUAAGUUUGGGAGGAAUGACACUGAAAUUAAAUCAUGAAGAUACAGUAAGUUAGCACAAUUGUAAAACUUGGUUUUAUUGUGCCAACUGUUCGACCUGCACAAGAAACUGAAGUUCCCCCAUUUUCACCACUGACCUGCACAAGGUGUGUAGAAGCCAGAACCCAGAUUUAUAACUCCUUUGCCACUUUUACUUGCAAGUUAGAAAAUAGUACCAUUACUCAAGUUGAAGCUUCAAAGCAUGAAUUGUCUGAAGAUUGAACACGCAGUAUUGGAACCAUUGAAUCUAUUUGAUAAUUUAAGUGCCUAUAAUUUUGUACUGUAAAUCUUGUUCUAGAUAACUUUAAAAAGGGAAGUUAUUUAUACAGUGUGCUUGUCAAACCAUGACAGUGCUUUAGUUAAGAAAAACCCAAACAAUAAAUACCUAGUCCUAGGUACAUCUGUACAAUUAGAUAUGUGCACACACAUGCGCCAUAGUUGAGAUUUGAAGAAAAAAGUUAAGAAUAAUACCAGAAUUGAUGAAAUUGUUAAAACUUCAGAUUGAUUUAUGCUGGAUUAUUUGUUGUCUUAAAAUAUUUACAUAGAAAUUGUUUUGAUAUGUUUAAAUUUCCCUUGAAAAUACAACUGAUGCAAAGCAAUGUAACACAGAAGUAAUGUGAUUUGUGAACAAUUACAGCCUUUUAGCAUGUUACCUUUUUGUUUUAAUCUUGUAGUUCGCAUAAUGUAAAUGGUCAGGCAAAAGAUUGCAGUAUUUUUAUUUUCUAUUGUGAUGUACAGACUUUAUUUAACAGUUCUACAUAUUUUAUAGAAAACUAGCUAUUUCAAGGGACUUUUUUUUUUAAAUAAAGUCAUUACUUUUGUUUAGUAAUGCCUUUAAGUAUUAAUAUGUAUUCUGGCUGAGAAGUUCAUAGGUAUGUCAACUUUAACUUAUUUGAAAACAGCAAGAGAUUUAUGACAUUGUGCCACAAUCCUCAUGAUAAAGGGCUUUAAAAAAAAAAGUUUCUCCGUCCAUUGCCAAGAAAUAUAAGAUGAUUUUGAAAUUGUUAAUCAUGUCUUCGCACAUAAUUUUUGCACAGGUAGUUGGAAAAUUUUUGGUAUAAGCCAAAAAAUGUAAGGGAUAAGCUUUUUUUUUCCUUCUCUAGAAUUUUUAUCAAUAAGAAGGAAAAAAUGUUUAUGUAGGUACCCUGCUAGCUUAAACUUUCAGAGCAUGGAGAUCUGUCUAAAUGAACCCUGUCCUAUGUAGAAUAUUGUGUCAUUUCUUUUAGAGUUUGCCACAUCAUCAUUUGCUUUAAACAUGUUUUGUGAAUUUUUUUGGUUUUAGUUUAUUUUUCCCAGCUCUUUGGGAAGCCCCUUCUGGAAGUAUAAAUUUCAAUAAUUUGUAAAUUUUCACUUAUUUUCUUUUCCAGUGUUUCAGUGUUUGCAAGGCAGCAAUAGGAUGGUUAGACGCCUUAGGACCUAAAUUGAUUUACGAGUUUAUUUUAACAUGGAGGGAGCAAACUGCUACAAAGAUGAUUUUUUGAGAGGGGAAAAAAUCUUGUUUGCCUUAAACCUAAUUUGUCAGCACUUCACUUACUCUGUUCAUACUCGGAUGUAUCGUGCAUGUGUAGUUCUUGCUGUGCUGAACAGCAGCUUCUUUGAUUCGGAUAUUCAACAAAACAUUAAUGCUAAAGGAUAUCUAUACUGAUACUUAAUCAUUUGGGGGAAGAAAAAUGCUCUUAAGCCAGCCCAUUAAUUUUUACUUAACUAAGCAUACUCCAAAGGUAAGUUGUUGCUUCAUGCAGUCCUGUACAGUUCAGAAGCCUUUAAGGUCAGAGAGAGUAACAAGAUUGUUCUAUUGGACUAUGAUUAAUCUCUUUUUUGGUAGUCAAAAUUUUAAGCAUUUGUCAUUCAAAAAAAAUAUAUUCCAAAACUGACAAAUCUGGUUUUUCUUUUUUAAUACAAAAAUAAGCUGUGUGAAAAAUACCUUUGGGAGUAUCAAGACUGUGCCUUUGAAGGUCUUAAACACUCAUAUGGAGGGAUUCUUGUGUUUAUUGAACCUGUUCCACAUGAUAUUAGAUGGAAAUAAUUGAAGUCACUUCAUUCUUAUUGUUACAGCAACUAAAAGGAAAAUUUUUGUGUUCCUGGUUAACUUGUAAAUUCCACCAGAAAUGUGGUAUUCCUACAGAGAAAAUUAGGCUUACAUUUGGAGUUUAUUCUGAAUUUUACUUAAUGUAAUUUUUCCUCAAGAAGCGGUUUUCCCAAUACCCAUCACUUCAGAAUUAUUUUCUUAAUCAGCCUUUUUAGAGGUCUAAUAUUUUAAGUUACCUUAAAGUAGUCUAGAAUCAAAUUUUAGAUGUUGAUCUAAAUGACCAUUUGAAUGUGUUUAUAAAACAAAUCAUUUGGAUACAUUUCAUCUUCUCUUAACAGACUGUAUUUUAAUGGUUUUAAAGUGUUUGAAGAGCAGAGAUAUAAAGUUAAUAAACAUUCUUUUGCUAUUGCAGAUAUUUUUAAAGGGAAGUUACAUGCUAAUCUUCUGUGAAAUAUUAGAAUUAUUUAGCCUUUGCUCCCUCUCCAGACAGUGCCUCUGAGUUAAGUCUUUAUCCUGUGCCCACAGUCUUUAUUCCAAGCAGGGGUGAUAUCUAAAAGCAGCUGGCAGUGUUGCACAGUACAGUCCUUAUGGAACCAUGGUGCUCUGCCCUGGUUGUACAGCAGAAGUAGAGGGCACAUUACUUCUGGGUUUUCAGCAAAUCUAAUGUAAUUGUUGCUUUGUGAUAUUUUACUGUUUAAUGCAAUUAUAGAAGCCCACAUCAUGUAGUGACAUUUGUGCUCUGACAUGACAUGCCCAAAAUGAAAUGUACUAUAUUGUAUACAAGAAGAAUAAAUAACAUUGUAGUUAACCUAGAGAAGAUGUAAAUAAAAUAUGAAAGAAGAGUGGAACAAGAGAAAUGGUCACACUCUUGUGUGUGUUAUAUGCCAGAAGUGUAGAAUACUACUUUAAAAAUGUAACACACCAAUGUAUUUUGUACAGCAUCUGCUUUAGAAGGUGCCUUAUUGAGUUUACCAUGAAUUGCUUGUUCUGUACACAGAUUAUGUCCAAUGUAUCAUUUUUAAGUAAAUAACCUUAUUUUAGUA